AUGCUGGCCCUGAUAAAGAACUUCAAGAAGGAUGCACUGCAGCAGGUGCAAACGAAGGUCGUGCAGCCUGGCGAUAUCUUCAACCUGAACGAACCCAAACUGUCCACCGAGCACAUCUUCACCGAAGAGGAGCUGGCCUCUUGUGAAGUUGACCUCUCGGCGCUGACCAUUCUGGCCGAGCUGGGCAAGGGUGCUCAGGGUGUCGUGCUGAAGGGCAAGCUGCACCAGGAAGAUGUCGCGGUGAAGAAGUUGCACCACAGCGCGAGCGAUCUCACACAAACAGAGCUGGCCAACUUUAGGCAAGAGGUGGCCAUCAUGAAGCAGCUGCGUCACCCGAAGGUGGUGCAGUUCAUGGGUGCUUCCACGACCGGAGACAACCUGAUGCUGGUGACCGAGUUCCUCCCGCGUGGAGACCUCGAGCAUCUGCUCAAGGACAAGACUGUCGAACUGAGCUACUUCCAGCGCAUCAAGAUGGCCACCGAUCUCGCCAUCGCCAUGACCUGGCUUCACAACACCAAGCCCGUGUUCAUCCAUCGCGACCUCAAGAGCUCGAAUGUACUCGUGGACAACAACUACAAUCUGAAGAUAUGCGAUUUCGGCCUUACGCACGUCAAGCGGAACGUGGCUGGCGCUUCGGGGCACUACGGACUCAAAGGCACGCCCUACACAAUCGCGCCCGAGGUCUUCCGGGAGGAGGAGUACAACGAAAAGACGGAUGUCUAUUCCUUUUCUAUUGUUCUCUACGAGCUCUUCACGCGCGAUUCGCCCUACGAUGAAAACAUGACCGGGCAGGAGAUCAGGGACGCCGUCUGCUCCGGCGUGCGCCCCAAGAUUCCGGCCUCGUGCCCGCCUCGACUGGCCGCGCUCAUGCAAGCGUGCUGGGACAAUGACCCGAGUGUGCGGCCCACGUUCCAGAAGAUCGUGGAUGAACUGAACGUCAUUCUCAUCCCCGAUGAGGGUGCACGCGAGGUCUGGGCCGCGGUCUUCUCGUUCGAGUAUUAUUGCCCCGUCGUCAAGUUCGUGUCUGGGCUGGCCUCCUACCUGAGUACCACCGAGGCCGACCCGCGCCUGCAGAUCGUGCUCGCCUUGCUCGAGAUCACGCGCGGGCUGGUGUCAAUGGAAAAGGUGACGGAGCUCACGUCGUGGUUCGGGUCGUUCAAGACCAGCGACAAGGACAAGCAGAGCUUCCUCGAUAGGGUGGAGGGCAUAUGCGCUCAGCCUUGGUUCCACGGGGCAAUCUCGAGGGAGGAGACCAACGACAAGCUGCUGAACCAGCCCACCGGCACAUUCCUCGCUCGCUUCAGCUCGGAACCGGGUUUCUACGUCCUGGCUUUUGUCGGAGAGAAGGGCCGCAUGCAGCUCAAGGUGGCCCGAAACGGCGAUCGACUCGUGCUGGGGACCGUUUCGGCCAGCACCAUCCACGAGAUCAUCGCGCACUACCAGGAAACGCGGCCAGAGAGCUUCGCCCGACCCUGCCCGCACCCGUGGAUCGAAAAGCUGGCGCCCAAGGAAGCCGCCGGCUACGAGACCGACCUCUCCGGCUUCUGA